ACUCGCACAACAGACAUAGGCGAAAGGAAAAAGGUCCUGCCAUCUAUCAGCGAGCCAAUGGCCGGCAUUGCGAGUCGGAUUUGCUCAUCGAAUGAAUUUUACGAAUGCGGCCUAGCGCAUUCGCGAAGUGUGAUGACAUCGUGUAAAGGAACUAUUACAACGUGAACUGUGUCGCACGUUUCCCACGUCGCUCCUUACCACCCCGUACCCUUCUUGUAUACUACUCUCUCGCUAUGAAACCGCGACCUAUACUGCACUUCACCCCCCCGACGCCGCGAUCAAUCUGCCCAGCAUUCACAGCGCAAUGCCACCGCCCUCUUUCUUACGCGCGCACCGCGCCCUCCUCAAACGAACCACAAUCCUUUAGCCAGCCCAGAGGCAAAUCAAUACACAAUGCCUUUGCUCUCCGCCCGCACAUGCGCUUUGCCUCAACCGCCGCAGUCGCAGCCACCGCCAGCCGCAAGCCCUCCACGUCCAGCCCCUCAAAGUCCACCAAAAUCGCCGUCUCGCCCAGAUCCACCCCCUUCACCGCGCCCGUCCCCCAGGUCCGCGCAAAACUCAACCCGCCCCCCGAAACCUACCCACCGGACCUGCAACUCCCCCCGCGCGGCCCAGAACUCUACGUCAAGUACCUCUAUCGCUGCGGGCGCUCGUACAUCACAUUCUACAAGCAGGGCGUGUCGAACGUGCGGGCGACGCUGAAGCUCGCGAAGACGCUGCGGGCGAAAGCGUCCUCUCAGACUCCGGACAAGGACAAGUGGCACACAGUGCUGACGCGUGCGGAGUGGCAGGUCGUGAACCGCAGCGGCAAUGACCGCCUGCGGCUGCCGGCGUUUGCGGCGCUGCUGGUCGUCUUUGGCGAGUGGCUCCCGCUGCUGGUGGUGUAUCUCACGCCUGUGGUGCCCGAGCCGUGCCGCAUCCCCUACCAGCUCGAGCGCAGUCUGAAGAGCGCGGAGAAGCGAAGGCAGGAGCGGGAGCGCAGGCUGGCGAUCGAUGCGGCGAGGCUCGUGGCGAGGGAUCGGAAGCCCGGGGUUUCUUCACCUGGCGUGAUUAGACCUCAAACGGUGGAUCUGGAGGCGCUGGAUAGGGCGGAUUUGUUCACGCUGUUGAGUCUGGAUGCGAGGUUUGGGGUGCAGCCGCGGGUGUGGGAUUGGCUGUUUUUGACGCCGCCGAAGGCGCUGCUGCGGUGGGGUUUGAAGAGGCGGAUAGGGUACUUGCAGAAGGAUGAUGAGGCGAUAAGAAGGGAUGGCGGGUUCCAGGCGUUGGAGGUGAGGGAGGUGCAGAGGGCGUGUGUGGAGAGGGGUAUCCGGGUAUUGGGGAGGAAAGAGGGCGAGUUGAGAAAGGAGUUGGCGGGGUGGUUUGAGCGGUGAACUGUAUAACAUGGAAGAUGAAGUUCAAAGCCGACGAAAUGGUGUUGAUACAUUGUAUGAUGACGGUUGUAUAUGAGGGUAAAGGACAUAGAUGGGUCGAGUCGAGACUUGUAGAAGUACAUGUACAUAUACACACAUACGUAAUCUCGAUCGGCCCCAGUCGAUCCCACUUCAGCUGGGUUUUGAGCAUAAAUAGAGGUCUCUUCGCGCUGC